GCGCGCCCCGCGCCGAGUGCCGACUUGAGUUGCUCGUAUUAAAAUGGCGGAUGUCCAAAGCUCGGAACGUAAAGUAAAACUAAACAAAAGUGGAAAAGUUAUAAAAAAACGUCAACGAAAUCCAGAGGAGUGGCACAAACAAAAACAAAAACGCUUAAGGAUAGCUGGAUUAGAGUAUAUCAAUGCAAAUGGAAAAACAGUACCUCCAAAACAACCAGGCCCUGACUGCAACUGUCGGAGAAAAUGUUUCCAAAAAGUACCUGAAGAUAUUAGGCUUAAAACGUUUCAGGGCUUCUAUACUAUGAAAACGCAUGAUGAACAAAAUGCUUACUUGUUUGGCCUCAUGAGACAAGUGGAUGUAAAAAGAAAAAGAGUAAAAUCAAGCAGCCGACGAACAUGCACCUUUGAAUACUUUGUCAGGGUUAAGGGACGAGAAACACAAGUGUGCCAAACAGCCUUCAAAAACAUCCAUGCCAUUACAGAAAGAAAAGUCAGAGUCCUUUGCAAGAAAAUGGACGAUGGCGUUAUGUUCCCCAGUGACAAUAGAGGCAAGAAUAGUCAUCGCCGAACUGGGGAAGUCCGUUUACCAUCUGGAGUAGUUGACCAAAUAAAAAAUCACAUUUAUUCUGUAGUACACACUCACAGGCUAAAAGAUUUCAUCCGAUUGGACAAGGUGGCAGGCUUGGAAAUCAAUAUUUCUAAAAUGUGGAAAGACUAUAUAAAAACUUAUGAUCCAGAGAAUAUUACAGCAACAAUGCCCAAAUCAAAAAGGAGUAUCGAGGUGACAUUGCCAUCUGAAACUCUGCCACAGCCCCAACAACAGCAGCCACCACCUCCACCUCAAGACCCUUUUAAUGCUACCAGCAUCUACCCAGGCAGUGGACACCUUGUAAACAUUGCUGAGAAUUAUUUCCAAAACCACUAUCAAACCACAGCAUUGACUGCCACUGGCACUCCAACGAACUUUUACCAAACCCAAAAUGGAGGACAGAGCAUGGGAAUAAUAGUGCAAUCAACUGCAAGACCUGUGCAACCUACAGCAUAUAUUGUGCUGCAGACUAAACAAGAACCCCAAAAUUCAUAUACCCAGCAGCAGCCUACAGAAAUUAUGCAACAAGAAGAUCCUGAGAAAGUAGAAAAAAAAAUCAAAAAGGAGAGGAAAAGAGGUCCUCUAGUAAAACAAUGGCGGUACACAAACAUUUUUCAUGAUGAGAUCAAUGGAGCAGCUUUGGCAGCUAUAAAAACAAGACUCAGCAUGUAUUAUGCCGAGAGUGAUGCUGCUAGAAAAAAGGCCAAGCAGGCUCGACCUCCUGAGGUGGUUCAAGUUCAAACUCAGACCCAACCAGAUCAACAAAUCAGACCUACUCAUACAGUAACAAUAUACACCUAGAAUUAAGAUAUAAUUUACUACAAUUUUUACAAUUAGACUGAUCUGCUAUGAUGUUUUAUUGCUCGAAUCAGCUAGAAGUGUAUUAGAAUUAAGUUUAAUCAAUCUUAUAUUAUUCUUUAAAUCAUCAGUACAUGCAUGCCUUGAUUACAUUAUGAAUAAUGAUACAUUAGGAUAAAAUUUUAGCACUUCAUAUUUCAGUUGGUACACAGAUCUUGUUUUAGAGAUAGUAUUCUGUAAGCCAAUGGUCUGUUUUAGAAUUAGAAGAAGCUAAUAAGAACCCAGUGUGUCAUGUUUUUUAAAAUAAAGCAAUAAUAUAAUGAUAAAUUAUUUAAGAAAUUGAUUUGUCUAUUGUAUUUUUAAAUCAAAAUUGUAUUGAAGUGUCAUACAUUCUCAUACAUUAUUUACAAUUAUAUUAAAUUUAAUGCUUUAAUGCUAAGAUUCGUUUUCUUUGUAAACAUUGUAAAUGGUGAACCGCGUGUUGCGUGCGCGACUGAUGCUCAC